AUGGCUACGAACGACUCGACCAAGCCAAAAGAUCCUCCUGAGGUUAUAGUAGAUGUUACAAAAAAACGGGAGUUUCUCCGCGGACGGUUUUUGGGAAAGGGAGGAUUCGCAAAAUGCUAUGAACUUAUUGAUCGAAAAACAGGUGAAAAGUAUGCCGGUAAAGUUAUUAACAAGUCAGCCUUGGUCAAAGACUCCCAAAAAGAGAAAAUGCGCCAGGAGAUCAGUAUUCAUCGUUCUCUAAAACAUGAAAAUGUUGUUAGAUUCUAUGGAAACUUCGAGGAUAGUGAAUUCAUAUACAUUUUGCUUGAACUUUGUAACCGCAGAUCGCUUUUAGAACUACACAAGCGUAGGAAGUACGUCACUGAACCAGAGGCCAGGUAUUUUAUGAAACAAAUAGUCCAUGGCUGUCAAUACCUUCAUCAAAAUAAGGUCAUGCAUAGAGAUCUUAAGCUGGCCAACCUUUUCCUCGACGACAACCUGAAAAUUAAAAUAGGGGAUUUCGGGCUUGCCUCGAGGAUCAGUCAUGAGGGUGAGAAGAAAAAAACGUUGUGUGGUACUCCCAACUAUAUUGCUCCCGAAAUUUUAAGUAAAGGCGGACACAGCUUCGAAGUAGACUCAUGGUCUCUUGGUUGUAUACUUUAUACUCUUCUAGUAGGGAGUCCUCCUUUCGAAACUACUAAACUGGAAGAAACGUAUGCACGCAUUAAACAAAAUGAGUACCGCAUUCCGAUUCGUGUGUCAACGAAUGCCUCAAUGCUCAUCCGCUCACUCUUACAUGCCGAUCCAGAAAGAAGACCAAAUAUGUUCAAUGUGCUCGAUCAUGAUUUCUUUAAAGACUUUACACCUAGUGGUCUUCCUGUAAGUUGUCUUUCAACAUGCCCCAGAUUUGAUACUAUGCAUCGACCACAAACCGGACGUCGCCCAUUGUCUGACAUCAAUCCCGUUGAGGAUGUUCCUAUUACCAGUGGUGGUGGUGCCCUUGGUAACGUUGGCGGUGCUGCAGUUGAUAAAGCCGUUCAGCCGGAUGACUGCUGGCUUGGAUUACUUAAGCACAAAUUAGGUCGUGUAUUAGAGGAACCCAAGGAAUUUGACGAUUCAUCACCAAAAGCAAUGGAAGAAAGUGAAGUUCCAGCAGCCUGUCCAAUAUACUGGGUCAGCAAAUGGGUUGAUUAUUCAGAUAAAUAUGGUUUGGGAUAUCAAUUGUGUGAUAACUCAUAUGGUGUCGUAUUCAAUGACGUGACAAGACUCCUUUUAACAACCAAUGAACAGAAUCUUCAGUACAUCGACGAACAUGGGACUGAACGUUUGUUUACUCUGUCAAAGCAUCCGGAAUAUCUGUCAAAAAAAGUGACGCUUCUCACAUGCUUUAAAGCCUAUAUGCACCAGAAUCUUCUUAAGGCUGGUGAGAAUAUUGCGCGACCGGACACUGAUGCCAUGACUCGUCUACCCUUUCUUCGCCGAUGGUUUAGAACACGCUCAGCUAUUGUACUGCAUUUAAGCAAUGGAACGUUGCAAAUAAACUUCUUUGAUGAUCAUGCAAAAAUCAUUCUAUGUCCCUUAAUGCGUGCCGUAACUUACAUCGAUGCCAACAGGGAAUUCAGAACGUACCGCUUCAAACAUCUACGGGAAUUCGGUUUAAGUAAGGACUUAGCAAACAGAUUGAGAUACGCACAAGAAAUGAUAGAGCGUCUCAUCCCAAAAUGCGGAACAAUCUCCUCCAAUUUAAAUGAUCCCAAUACAAAAAUGACUGUAGAUAAUGGGAAGUCCAACAAACCAGUUUCAGCGGAUGUACAGAAAACAAAUGCGACUGGGACUGGGGCAGCGACUAAGAAAAUAACUCGACCGACUAAUCAAUAG